AAUGAUCUCCCAUCUCUCUCUCUCUCUCUCUCUCUCCCCCUCUCCCCCCAUGUCGACAUUACCUAAUUAGGAUUGCAGUCGCUCACAUACCGCCAACACCCCACCAAGAAAAGAGCUUCGGUUUCUCCGUCUUUCUUGGAGGGCUGAGCCCGACAAGUGUCCCUUCCUUCCUUCGAUCCCAUCACCACCUCCUCACAAACAAUUUCCCUUUUUCUUUUUUUUUUUUGUUUCUUUAUCAACAUAUACAUACAUACAGCUGCAGAUCUAGCACUAUCCUCAAUCAAUGCCCAUUCUGUUCUCUCAUCAAUCUCCAAUCCAUUUUCUCCUUCUUCCUCCGCGUUUGCGUAGCUUUUGUCCGUGAUCUCCAAUGGCGAGUCUCACCCCACCCUCCACUUCCUGCAAUAAUGGCUCCUCGAGGACUUCAACUAUCUUUGGGUUGAUGCUGAAGUCGGGGGAAGUUGAGCAGACCCAUUUGAGUUUACCUGGCUCUUUCAGGAGAAGUUGUACAUUUAAGAUUACAUACGACUACCAUACUAUGCAACAUUCAGGAUGUAUCAUAAGAGAUAAGAUGAGUCCCAGACUGAGUCUGAAGGCUUCUAAGGAGUCUCCAGGACUGACCAAGGAAAUUAGGAGGGAGAAAUUCAAGACUGCAGGGGACAAGCAAAAUGAACAGGAGUUAUUCGAUGAAUUGAAGAACCGGUUUCUUUCUUUUAAAAGGAACAACUACUUGGAAAAUUUGGAGGAGUAUGAAAAACUUGCCAAAGGUCAAGCGCCUAAGUUCAUGGUGAUUGCUUGUGCGGAUUCUCGGGUAUGUCCCUCUGUUAUCCUUGGAUUUCAACCCGGGGAAGCCUUCAUGGUCCGAAAUGUAGCGAACCUAGUCCCACCAUAUGAGAGUGGACCUUCAGAAACAAAUGCUGCCUUGGAAUUUGCUGUAAAUUCUCUCGAAGUUGAAAAUAUACUAGUAAUUGGCCAUAGCUGUUGUGGGGGCAUUCGUGCCCUAAUGAGUAUGCAGGAGGGUUCAGAUGAUUCAAGCUUCAUCAAGAGCUGGGUCAGAGUUGGGAAGAAUGCAAGCAUAAGCACAAAGGCUACUGCUUCAAAUCUCAGUUUCGAUCAGCAAUGCAGGCACUGUGAGAAGGAAUCAGUGAGUCGUUCUCUCUCGAAUCUACUGACUUACCCAUGGAUAGAAGAGAGAGUGAUGAGGGGGUUACUCUCCCUUCACGGCGGCUACUACGACUUUGUAGACUGCUCGUUCGAGAAAUGGACUCUCGAUUACAUGGGGAGCAGCCUGAAAGAAAAGGCGGGUGGAGGCAAACACGCCACCAAGAACCAUUCCUUUUGGCGUUAGAUUGAUCUCUUAGGCUGUGCCAAUUUGUGUAACAGUUUGUUGUAAUUGUUUGUGUCGAUUGGACGAGGCGGAUACAAUAGCCACCAUCUUGAGUGUGUGAUUUUGCAAAGAAAACUACAUAUUCCAAAUCGUUGCCUGGUUAGUAGAUUCCGUGUUUCGAC